AUGGGCACUACCUCCGGUAUAAUGUGGCUCCUCCUGGCACAGUCUGCUUCUGCAGGGCUUCUCAGCGGCCAGGUGCUGGAAGAGAUCUGCGGUACCCAGGACCUUACCUUGUCACCCGCAAACCCAUGCUUCUUUCGGCUCUUCAGUAUGGCACAGGUGUGGGACGAGUGUGAGACGCACAAGGACGCCAAAUCCUGCCUUGCAUCCUGCUUUUCAGCCAGCUACUGCGAAGGCUUGUGCGAGCAUUCGCAAAGUGCAAAGUGCGAGGCACAAUGCCCCAAGCUUGUCGCCUGCAUGGAGGAUGUCAACAGUGCUGCAGCGACACGGUCCUGUUUCAGCGGAUCGAUGCCGUCUUCCUCCGAGGACGAGAGGUCGCCCUUGGAGGAUUGGCUGAGUUUGGCCGGUGUCGGCAGUGAUGCGCAGGCGCAGGCCGACCUUGUGCUGGCAGAGGAGACGCAAGCGGCACCUUCGCCGGCCGUCGCGCCAUCCCCCCUGGCUUCGGUCUCUCGACAUCAGGUGCCCAUACCGAUGGCACCAAGCCCGGCCAUGACCGACCGGGUGAUCCCGGCACCUUCGCCGGAGCAUGCCGUCGCGCCCAGCCCCUUCAGCGCCGAGGUGGUGCUGAGACCGAGCCUCGCCGUUUCGACGACGGUUGUGACAACACCACUUCCAGUCUCUGCGGCUCCGGUCACCAGCCUCCCAGAACACAGGGCCGCGGCCCCUGCGGCGCCUGCAGCAGAGGCAGCCUGCCUUUGCAGCCUGACUGGAAAGCUUCAGGGGACUAGCACCGGACGCCUCGGCUGCGCGGCCCAUGGUCAGGAGCCACAGGUGCGCACAGACGCUCGCUACUGUUUCGUGGACGGCCCCUGCAAAGACAGGAACUUCCAAGCGGCGAAGUCCUCUGAGUUUCCAGGUCUAUACUUCAGAGAGUGCAGCGCCGUCGACAACCUUUUGGCGCUGUUUCCGCCAAGCUGUCGAGCUGGCAAACUACAGCAAGCAGCAGAGCUUCACAGCACGAAGACGGCGCUGUCCAGACUUCGAAGCUUUGGCAAUGCUACGCUGACUGAAGGUGUCUCCGCUUCCCAGCCGCUCAUGCAUGCCAAGCGGCUCAUCCGAGCCCUGGAUGCGUUGAAGGGCUCGGAGAAGGAGUCCAAGCUGAAGACAGUCCAGGAGGAGGUGAAAGGUGGCAGAUGUUGGAAGUUGGCAUGGACAGCAGGCCCGCAGCUCGUGCGAUGCGGUGACAAGGCCCUGAGAUGUGUGGGGAGAUGCGACGCGGUCCCGUGUGGCCUGGGCGAGCAGGAGCCGCGGUACAGAACCUCCCGAGAGGAGGAGCUUAUCGGAAAUUGGACCAAGCUGGAGCUCGGUCUGUUGGCCGGAGCGACGAACAGGUGCCCCCGACCGCUGCCUCUCCUCGUCCCGGGUGGUAUGGUCACCCACUUCGGAGGAGCUCCCCUGGAGCCAACGGAGCCGGCAGAUGUCUACGAGCUCAAGGCCUGGCCCAUCGGAUUCGGCUCUUUCUCGGAGGUUCAUCUUGCAAGACAUCGGCGAACCAGGGUGCUCCGGGCCGUGAAGAGGAAGAAGAAGGUCGAUGGGCGCUGCAUGGUAGCCGACACCGAUGAGGUACAGAAGCACGCUUCCCGAGAGCCCAGCAGACGCCGGAGGGAUGAGGCCCAAGAAGUUGAAGUCUUGCUGCGCCUGGACCACCCGAACGUGGCAAAGCUCUACGAGGUCUUCGAGUGCCAGGACGACCUCUACCUCGUCAUGGAGCUCCUGCAAGGCGGGAGCCUCGCGGAACUGCUGCUCCCCAAGCACCGCAGUCCCAGAGCCAAGGCGGUGCAGUCCUGGGCAGCGAGAGAGCCGCAGGAGCUGCCGCAGGAGCUGCCGGAGGAGCAGGCCGGGGAAGAGGUCACGGCCUCCAUGGAAGGACACGUGGGACUGCCAGAGCACGAGGCAUGCCGGUUGUUCUGGCAAAUGCUUGCCGGCAUCAUGCAUUUGCAUGGUCACGGUGUCAUGCACCGUGACGUCAAGCUCGAGCAUUUCAUCUUCUCCAGCAGUGACAAAACCCAGGCUCAGCUGAAACUAGUGGAUUUCGGCCAUGCCUGGCCGCUGCAGGUGCUUUACGGGGCAGACGGAAGGAUGGUUCAGGAGCUGACCAUCCCGGGAGGAGUCGGCACGAACCACUUCAUUGCGCCUGAAGUGAGGGACGAUAGUGAAGUCGUGGCCCACAUGGCGGACCGGGCGGACAUCUGGUCCCUCGGCAUCUGCCUCCAUGCGAUGCUGACCGGCAGGCUCUUGCCAUGCAGAACUUCGGGCAUCAGCAAGGCCUCCCAGCUUAAGCAGCGGGGCUCCGCGGUGCCGGAGGAGCCAAUCGUUUUGUCUGACGGGGAAAGGCUCUCUGGCUUUGCUCAGGAUCUGUUGCAGUCACUAUUGCAGAUGCUGCCGGAAGAUCGACCGACGGCCGAGCAAGUGGCCAGACAUCCUUGGCUUGCUGCAGCUGUGGAGGCCGAUAUGAGCCAUGCAGCCAGCACGGUGAUGCCCAGGUUCAUUAGCGCCCUGAGCAUCGUCGCGGAAAUCAAAUCCAUGAGACGUCUCUUCUUCCUUGCAAUCGCUCGCGAAUUGGAGGAUUCCGAAACCCUUUCGCUGCAGCCUGUGUUUCGCGCCAUGGAGGUUCAGUGUCGGGGGCCGCUGACUGAGCAGUCCAUCUCCGCUGCAGUGCAGAGGAUGCAGAAGUCCAAGCUCAUGCCGAGCCAAGAACUGAUCCUACAGCUGAUGAAGGCCCUGCUUUGUGUGCUCCCUACGAUCAACUGCGACGGCUCGGGGGUCCUCGGCUGGAGCGAAGCUUUGGCGGUGGUGCUUCUUCUGGAGACCCAGGAAGGGGCCCGGUCCUGGAUGCAUGGGCCAUGGCAGGACUCCGCAGCGGAUCGGGCAUGCAUCCAGGCCUUCGACAAGUUAGCAAUGGGCGAGACGCGCAUCACCGUGAACUCGCUUCGCCGCGUGCGCACUUGGGCGAGGGUGAAGCCGCGAGAGCGGCUGGAGGAGCCCGAGGACAUGUUCGCAGAGCUCGGCUGGGAGGUCGGCCCUGGACUCUCGCGCCGGGAUUUCCUGUGCAUUCUCCACGACCUGCCCCAGCCAGAGCCACUGACAGACACUUCCGAGCCACCCGAGCCGCUGCCGACUCCAUCGCGAUUGGAUGAGGAGUUCCAGCGAAGGAGCUCCCUCGGGAGCACAGAGGAGUACGUCUGGGAAGGACCUUCGCCGUGA